AUGUGCAUUUCCUAUGGAGAACAGGUUGUUGAAGAUAGUGAUGUGAUCAUAUUCUCUGUGAAGCCUCAAAUAGUUAAAGAGGUGGCAUCACAAGUUAAACCCAUUCUGACUGAGAAGCAACUUCUGGUGUCUGUUGCUGCAGGUGUCAAAUUAAAAGAUUUACAGGAAUGGGCAGGUAAUAGUAGAUUUAUUAGGGUGAUGCCAAACACUCCUGCAGCAGUUGGCGAGGCAGCUUCUGUGAUUAGCUUGGGGAGUGGCGCAACAAAAGAAGAUGGAGACCUGAUUUCAUUGUUGUUUGGAGCUAUUGGUAAAGUGUGGAAAGCUGAUGAGAAACUGUUUGAUGCAGUGACAGGUCUGAGCGGAAGUGGACCGGCUUAUAUAUAUUUAGCUAUAGAGGCAUUGGCCGAUGGAGGAGUGGCUGCUGGUCUUCCUCGAGACCUUGCACUCGGUCUAGCUUCUCAAACUGUACUAGGGGCAGCAUCCAUGGCAACCAAUGCAGGGAAGCACCCUGGUCAACUUAAAGAUGAUGUUACAUCACCAGGUGGGACUACCAUAGCUGGAGUUCAUGAGCUCGAGAAGGCUGGAUUUCGCGGGACAUUGAUGAAUGCUGUUGUAGCUGCAACAAAGCGCAGUCGAGAACUUUCUCCGAAUUAAUGCAACUUUUUUCUGCAUGCUCACAUACUAUCUGGCUUAGAAACUUAAAAACCUGCAAUCAGUUCUCUAUUUGACUGAUAAAUUGAGGCUCCAGGACCAUCUGUUUUGAGUAUCAAUCUCAUAUUUCUUAUUGAGCUAA